AUGGCUCAAGAUCAGGAUAUUGAACAAUCUGCCGUGGCAGCAUCACUACCACCACCACAGGAGAGCUCUGUGCAAAUGGAUGAUACCCAGCCAAAUGAAUUGUCGCCGGAAGAGAAAAAGGUCGAGAAGCGGCUGGUUCGUAAACUCGACUAUCACCUUAUGGUUUGGGCGUUUUUUGCUUAUUGGGCAAAUGGCCUUGAUCGAAACAACAUGCCUAAUGCUUAUACGACGGGCAUGAAAGAAGACUUGGACCUCGACAACUCUGCAUACAAUUGGGGUAUCACCAUGUUCUUUAUUGGUUAUGUCUGCUUACAAAUCCCUUGCAAUGCCGUACUUCCCAAGCUACGCCCUCGAUUCGUGUUACCAGCUGCUGUGUGCUUAUGGGGUGCUGUGGUUUGCUUCAUGGCACUAGUAAACAAUCAUAGUGCCUUAUUUGGUUUACGUAUUUGCCUUGGUUUCGCAGAAGCUCCUUUCUAUCCUGGUAUGGUGUAUCUCCUUGGCAACUGGUAUACUCGCCAGGAGCUUGGUUCACGUACUGCCUUUUUUGCUGCUGGAUCACAAUUUUCGGGGGCCUUUUCAGGAUUAAUCAGUGGAGCCAUAGCACAAACUUUGGAUGGCGCGCAUGGCAUGCGAGGAUGGAAAUGGCUCUUUAUCAUUGAAGGUCUUAUUGGCGUUGCGAUUGGCAUAGUUGGAUUUUUCCUUCUUCCUGAUUACCCACACAAUACUCGCUUUUUGGAUGCUGGGGAACGAGCUGUAGCCAUGAAACGUCUCGAACGACAAGGCAAAAAGAUCGUUUCCACAGGUCUCAACUUGACAACAUUACGCAACGUAUGCACCACGCCAUACAUUUACCUCUUUAUCAUCAUCUUCAGCUGCAUGCAGCUUGGUAUGGGUAUCCUGCAACAGUUUGCCAUUAUCCUCAAGGAAAUGGGUUACGAGGCUUCCUUUGCCAACUAUAUGACCGUGCCCGUGUGGUGUUUUGCUGCCAUGGUGAUGGUAUUACAAGGCUAUUUAUCCGAUCGCUACGGCAAACGGCACUGGCAUAUCCAAGCAGGUGCAGCAUGGACGUUGCUAUGGUAUGUGUUGCUGGUUGCUGUCAACCAUGGAGACGUUCCUGUGGCAUUGUUGUUUGUCUGUGUCUAUAUGGUGGUUCCUGUACUUGGCAUCUCACCCAUCAUGAUGGCUUGGAACAAUGAAAUUCAUCAAUGCGAUUCAGAAACACGUGCCUUGGCUAUUGCCAUGGUAAAUUCUAUCGGUAACCUAGCACCCAACUUUAUCAAUGUACCUGCAUGGGCAGUGACUCAAGCACCAGCCUUUCGCACGGGCAAGAUUGUCACCACCUCGACGACUGCUUUGAUGAUCAUCGUUUGCUUUGCUGUCUACUUUCUUGAAGAAAAGAAAAUCUUGCUUCCAAAGCCUGUCAAGCGUAUUGAAACCGAUAGCACUAUUGAUAAGGAGUGA